AAACAUAUCCAGAACCUGAAAAACCUGAUGAUAAAUCUGCAAAAGAAAGUAUUGUAGAACCUUCAACAAGAACAAGAUUCCAAACUUUUAAAGCAUCAUCAGACUCAAGAGCAAAAACAAAAGAAGGUCAAAGAGAUAGACAACGAGAAUAUAGAGCUUCUUUGAGAUAUUGUAGCUUAGAUGAAUAUCAGAAGGAGGUCAAAGAUAAUACACCACUUCAAGCACCAUCACCAGAAAUUUAUUAUUUGCUUACAAAAAAAGAUCCAAUAUCUAAAAGUGAUUAUUAUCAUCAAAUUAGCUUAGCUUUGCCAGAACAAGAAGGAAUACCAAAAUUUUCUCAAAUAUAUUUUUAUAAUUCUUCAGAUAUUGAAGCACAAAUUGAUAGAAGACAUAAUGUAAUGAAGCAAUCAUUAAACAGAGAUAUGAUAACUAAAGAAAUAGCUGCAAUUUGUUUUUCUAAUGAAAAUAUGUAUAUAAGAGAUAUUCUUAUUGUAAGACAUGAUAAUGAAUUAGAAAAAAUAUCUGAAUUACAUUGUGCAUAUGAUUUUUUAGCAUAUUUUUUGCUAUUUCUAUAUAGAGAAUAUGCCUCUAAAAUCUCUAAAGCUGAAGCUGAAGCAAGUAGUACUUCUAAUAUUGAUUUUGAUACUUUAUUAGAAAGAGAAUUACAAAGUCAAACAGGAUUAUCAAGAAUUUUAAAAUCUGCAACUAUUAGAAGUUCAUCAAGUAUGAUGUGUCUUGAUAAUGAAAAUAUUGAUACAAGUAAUAAAAAAUAUUUAGAAAGUAGAUCUUCUGAGCAUAAUAAUCGUCGAAGUGCUAUAAUAAAAGAUCACAAAAGUGGAGCAAGAAAUGAAAAAGAGGAAA